ACGUCCAGGUACUAGAUAGAUUCUCUAAAUAACUCUAGGGUUUAGUUUACCCCCAAUUCAUAUGCGCAAUGAUAACAGUAAUGAUGAUAGUAAUCAUAUAUAGCUAGCUAGAUGGAGUUGCAGUUGGCAAAUAAUUGAUUCAUGAUAGUGGGCAUGGAUUUAUUGAUCAGGGUGGGUUUGGUUGGGGAAGAUAACCAGAAGCAGCCAGCAGAGAGAGAGAGAGAGGGAAGAGGAAUCCAUGGCUGGCGUCAAUGCUGAUGGUGACCAAACUUACAUGGUAGUAAUUACUCAGAGAGAGAGAGAGUAAGAGAGAGAUGGUGAGGGUUUCAGAGCAUUUAAAGCUCCACCUCUUCCAGUCAUCUUUUGCACAUAUAUGACUCAGGUCAGGUCAGGUUCAUCACAGGACUCAGAAAUAUUGUUGAUGACAAUGCCAAAAUGAAAUAAAUGAAAAGCUGCAAUAUGAGAUGAGAAACCACCCGACGGCAAAUGGAAAGAAAGUCACCCACUCCAAACGCAACCCAGAUUCUCAUUUGUCAUCUACCCUAUCCCUCACCAUUCUGUAUUCUCUUUCCCUAACGUUAUUAUGUACAUUCUGUUCUGUGCAUAUUUCACACAUUGAUACAUACUGCCAACGAGACUAUUACUACUACAAUACAAAAGAGAAGGAGAAGGGCAAACGAGCAAGUCUAAAGAACCAAAUAUAUGAAAUCUAUUUUCUUCUUCUUCAUCAUCACAUGCAUGGUAGUAGCCAAGGAAUGAGGAGAUAUUUCUUCAUGUGAAUAAGCAGUAGCAGCAACUCAGGCAAGUUGCAUCCCCCACACCGAAUAAUUUUAUUCCAAAGCUAUACUCACAAGAAAGAAACAAGAAUGUAAGGCCCAAUGCAAGGAAAAGUGGAAAACACAAAGCCCACGACAAAAAAAUAAGUAAAAUAACAGACGCCCACUCCACUCAGAAACGUCAAUGUUGGUUCUCCUUCGAAUUCACACUUCACUAUCCACUCCCAGACUCUGUGUAAUUUGUUUAUCGAUCUCCAUUAUCAUUUUACAUGCAAAUUAGUUACACUGCAGUCAUGAUUUUGUCGGUAAUCAUUGUUUACAGCAUAUAAUCAAACAGACAAUCGGCUGCAACAGAUGACUGAUUGUCGGCGCCAUGGAAAAAAUGUGAAGUGGGGGGAGCAAGCAGAUCCGAGUCUCUCUCGCCCUCUUGCUGCUGCUGCUGCUUCCUUUCGUGAUGAUAGAUAGAUAGAUGAGUGAGUUUAUGUGAAUAGCACGUUAGCUGCAGACAGUGAGAACAAUAGUGGGCUGGUCACUGGUUAGAAUGAAGCUAUUAAAUCCCACCCCUGCAGUUUAGGAAGAGAAAGCAAAGUAAAAUAGCUCUGUUUUACACUAUACCAUCCUCGUAAUAAAAGCAGCUGCUAAACAAAUGAAUUUUGGGUUAGUCAGUCAGCCAGUCAGGUGGGUAGAAAGUCAGACAAGUAGGGAAAUCGAGCUUAUUAGCAGCAUAGGGCAUAGGCAUAAUGAGCAUUCACUUUCCCCACAUUUACCAAACAACGAGGUAAUUUAAAAAGGGGGGCAUAAGACAUUGUUAUUAUGAGGAGUUGACUAAAGUCAAAGCGCAGGGUUCCAGAAAGCUACACUAUAUAUUAACAACACGGAAAUCAAAGAAGAAAAAUGCACUGCAGACACCAGCAGUAGUACCACAACCAAAAAGGGGACAGCUAGCUACCAUUAGACCCGUAGCCAUUACUCUCCUCCACAUCACUGAUUACAAACACAAACACAAAGUUGCAGAAGCAUAUUUAAUUUAAGACACACAGUAACAGAAUUUGGGUAAUGCUUCCCGGAUGGUAAACUCACCGAUGGCUCUGUCGCGUAGAUUAGUCACAAGUUAGAGGUAGAACAGCACAGAUUCCGUAAUUAAGUUGGUGAAAUAAAAGUCAAACUGAAACCAAAUGUGGAACAUUGGAAGACGAGCUGUAAAGUUAGGAGAGAAAAGGGGUGGAUCGACUGACUGACUGCCCGACUGAUAAAGCAAGAAACCCAACACACCAAUCUUCCCCUAGCCAGCAAAUAGGAGAGGGGGAACCAGAAAAGUAAUGAUGAACAUCUUUCUCUAGUCUGUUAGGAGAGGAGAGUCAAACAACUCCAUCAUUACACCAAUCUUCUCAUCCCACCCUGCAAUGCAUGCCCUCAACGCCCCCAAUAAUUUCUUUUUCCAAUAUCUGGGCCAAGAAAACGAAAGUCAAUGUAUAGUUUCCAGAUCCACCAAGAAAAGGAGAAUGAAAGAGGAUUACAAAAAUAAAUUAGCAGUGGAAGUUGGCAGUGAAGCAAAUUAACACAACAAUUGGGUAGGAAUGAAGCCGGGUCCGACGUCACUAAUUACUUCACGGCCUCUUCGUCGACCAAAUUGUCCAAAACCGAAAGAAAGAAAGAAAGAAAUAACGAACGAGGGAGAGAUGAUUCCCCUCAAAAGGUCUCUUUAACAGCCUCCACCGCUGUGGAGAUUUGUGGCUCCCUUGGGAUCUUCUGCUCUGCUUCAAACAUGAUAUCUCUGCCUCUGUCAGCUUGGAGCAAUCCGUUCAAAUCCUCUUCCACAGCCAUGCAAUCUUGUUUCUAGGAUUCACUGUGAUGGAUGCCUUCGAGUUAUCCCCAGGAGGCGGCAUAUGGUUCAAUCACUAGCCAUGGAUUUCGAGUUGAUCGGACAAGCUGAUUUCGCUCUUGUUGCAUUCUAAGUGGUUGGUUGCAAGAGAGAUUUCUGAUACUGGUGUUUUCAGGGGUUCUGUUGUGUUGGAUGGUUGCUGUCAAACUGUGUUGUGUUCUCUGUUCUUGCUUCACUUUUCAUGGUUUGAUUGUAACCGGGUUCCCUUUUCCUUCCUCCUGUUGAACCAUAAUGUUGGUUGUUGUCUCUUUGUAACUGAUGAGUUAAAAUGCAAUAAAGACUCUCCUUUGUCAAAAAAAAAAAAACAGCCUCCACCGCUGGACUCAUUUUUUACUUUACCAAACCAGCACGAAAGCAGGACAGAAGAUAGUAAGAGAAGAAGAAGAAGAAGAUGAGUUAUAGGAAGAAGGGCUGGGACGGGGACCGGGUAAGGGUUUUCGUAGUCACGUCUUCAUAUGGAAGUCGGCCCGCCAGAGUCUCCUCCUCUACUUUUCUGUCUUUUUGCUUUCCUUACCUGUUCCUUUUUCCCACUUUUGCGAUUAGUGGUUUUCCCUUUUGCAUCCUCCAUUACUCUUCCCCGUUUAUAACACGUCCAAUUGGUCCACGUACUAAUACAUAGUUUUUCCUUUCAUUUUGACAGUAUCUAUCCUGCUCUAAUGGCUAGAUUUAUCUCUAACACAAAAGGGAGUCACCAACCAGAGCAUAAGAAGGAAUAAUUAAGUUGUGCAGGAAAUGAGACAAGUUGAAAACUGCAGCUUUCCUUUUGAACGAAUGGCUUCUUUAGGUUGUUUUUUCUUCAUCUUCUUCUAUUUGCAAUAUAGCGUUGAUAACACAGAUUUAUGUCAUCAGAUUGUACAAACCUAAUACACUCAUUGAUAAAAUAUACAAUGAUAAUGUUGCCAAUUGCUUCUAGUAAUUUAGAUCACGAGACAUGAAAUCCGACGGGGCUAACAUGAAAUCUACAUGCGAUAGUAAAUUCGCAUACCAACCAAACCAAACCAACUCAACUUAUCAAAUUAUCUGUCUACUAAAUUGUGAGGAAUUAUUGUGGGUAUAAGGUUUAAACUCUGACGAGAUAAUUACUGGCUCAAGAAUUGACUGUCUAUCUUCAGCAUUGCCUCAAGGCUACAACUCAAUUUACUGAAAAAAAUAUACUUCUUUUUCUAUUGCUUAAUUAAGCAGCAGAUGUUAACUAACUGGAGUUGAAUGAGAAGCGUGGGCAUCUUUGUUAAGUCAUUUCGUAGUAUUAUUGUGACUUUGUCCUGAGAAAGAGAAGAUUCUCUAGUUUUGGCAAAACGAUGUAGGAAAACAAUAACAUAUUUUCAAACUUGAGAAAGAGACACACACUGACUCCACCACAAUUUCAAUUGCUCGAUGCGGUUGUGAUGUUUCUCGCUCCUUCAUUCACGCUCAAAAUUCUAACCCAUCCCUUGUAUUGAUAGGUUAAUCCACUCCAUCCAACUUCUCUACACUACACAAAAUGAAAUCACAGCAUUACACGUACACUUAUAACAAGAAGUAUCAUGUUCAAAUAUACAGUUUUUAUCGACGGACACGAAAGUAUAGACUUGGUGAAGGAAAAGUCAGAUAACUUUCUUCCACAUGCAUACUAGGGAGAGAUGGCAUUCGCAUACACGCAUAAGCAUUCACUUUCCCUCACAUAAAUCCAGUCCAUGCAAACAGCAACCAAAUGGGACGACAUUAUUAUGAUGAGUUGACUCUCAAGUGCACGGAAACCACAAAAAAAAGGGGGAUUCAAUGGAAAAAAGGUGCAACUAAAAAGGAGAACCACAACCACAAAGGUAAAAACACCAUUCAUUCAUUCAUCCGGACAAAAAACAAGAAAAUUAAAGCUAGGAAACGAAAGGAAAGUAUACACAUUACACACACUAGCACCGUCUGUCUAACCUCCACCCACCCACCCACCAUGUAGAAUUUAUGAAUGAUGCCAAAUGGUCGGACGGACCACAGAUCUGUGAAACUAAUCAAAACAAAGAAACCUGUUCGAUCUAUUCCCUAAUGUAAAUAUCAAAUCUGAAACCCUAAUAAGAUUAUAUGUUGAUAUCACAAACACACGCACAGAUUGACGGCCAGCCUGACAAAAGAACAGGAAGAAACAAAAGAAUGAUGAAGAAGAUCUUUCUGUACUUCCCUUUUCAGCCGGUCUCUGCGGUCAAAACCCUCCAUCAUGACGCUAAUCUUCUCCUGCGCCCUCGGCUUCCAAUCCAAAAAGGUUGGAUCUCGGAGCCACAGACGAAAAAAAACAAAACCGAUCGAGAUAUAUAUUCUGGAUCCAUUAUGAGAAUUAAACCACAAACAGAUGAUGAAAGACACACUUACUCAACUGGGUAUCCCAGAUCUACCUGUAGAAAGUAAAGAAGAAACCAAGAGUUUUGGGUGGUGGAGCAAAUUAACAAUUGGGGGGAAUGAAGCCUGGUCCGACGUCACUAUUUCAAUUCAGCAACGCACAUAUUUAUCCGAUCGAUCCAGACCAAAAGGAACCACGAGAUCAAGGAAAAAUAGUGGCCUCGAGCCAGACAACAUUCCCCUCAAAAGGUCUUUCACUGCUUCCAUCCCCUUCCAACGGCUGGACUUUUUAACCAGAGAAAAAGAUAGUGAAAGAGAGGAGAAACGCAGAGAAAGAGAAAGAUAGAGCUGGUGGAAAUUAAGGAGGAAGAGAUGAGGGAGAGAAGAUGAAGGGAAGAAAGAAAGGGGGCGGACAUAAAAAGGCUAGGAGAAGGAGAGGCAGAGUUGGAUGGAGGAGAUGAGAUGCAAAAGGACAAAACCUAAUACUAUUACUCCUGCCCUCGCCCCUUCCCCAAAAUUAUUUUUAUCGAAUAAGUAAAAGGAAAAUUUGGGGAAAAGGUAAGAAAACCUUUUGGAAAAAAAACCCUGUCUCCAGGCUCCAUCCCCUUAUGUAUAUAUAUAUUAUCAUUAUUACCUAAUCACACCUUCAUAUUGAAUGCAUGCCAUGCCACUCCUAACUAACCCACUACUUCUGUGUCAGCAUCCAGCCCCUGGUUUACUGCUCCCAAAAAUCUAUUUUGAUGUUUUCGAGAACUAUAUUUAAUAUAAUAAACUUAUGUUAAAUACCCAGCAAAUAUUCCAGGUAAAGUUCCUUGCUUUGCUUCUAAUUGGUUAUUUGGUUAUAUAUAUAUAUGUUUGUCUUCUUCAAUAAAUUUUGUUAAAUGGUCUUUGCAGGGUUUAUUUCUAUGAUAGCGAGGUGGGAGUUCCUAAUAUAAUUGAAAAACAGUGAUUCAUGGUCGGAAAUUAAUCCUCCAAACUCCGAAUGAUUUUAGACGUCCUUACUCCUCGUCAAUCCAACUUAAACUAAUUCAAUGAUUGUGUCUCUGAUCAGAUUUGUCGUGGUCGAUGAGUAGCAAAUUAUUAUAAUGUAUUAUGACUAGAGAUAUAACAUAUCAUGACUCGGCCAACUUGAGCUAGUAUACAUGUUCUAAAAAUUGUUCAAUGAGGUCUGCAAUAGGAAAUUAAAUGGCCAACUAGCUUGUGUUUCUAUCAAGUGAGUUUAGAAAAUUACUUUAAUCUGCAAUAAUAUUUAUGGGAAAUUCUAUCAAUAAAAAUUACUUUGACAAAUAUGUUCACAUGACAUGACGUACCAUUACCUCUAACAAAAAUUACAAAAAGCUUAUUAGACGUUUGAAAAUCAAUAAUUAUGAAAUUAGUUACUGGUUUAACAACCAGUCACUAAUUACGAUAAAUUUUCUUACACUCUGACUUUUAUUAUUUUGUUUUGUUUACAAUUUCUCAAAUGAAUUUAUUACUGGUUGAAUCAAAUGUAGAACCUUUGAUUAGUGGAUCGGAUAAGAAUCAGACCAGGGUACACGAAUAAGGCCAAGAUCAAUGGACUUUGGGAGUAAUGGAUAUAAGGGCCCAAUUAUUGCCCGUGGGCUGGACCACUAUAUGACCGCCCCAAUUGGUGAUAACUCUCAAGUCUCAUCUGUUCCGCCAUUAAAAUGAUUUUUGGGCUUGCAGCCCUAACUUCGGCAUAACUGCUUUUCUUGCCAAAAAGUGGUUAAAGCCCACCGGGCCCCAAGAACGUCCGUAGAUAGGAACUCUUCAUUGCCCAUUUGCCCCUAAUAGGCUAAAACACACCCUUCUUCAAAAUAGUUAGGGGUGGCAGUUCGGUUAUUUUGGUUAUAAUCGGUAAUCGAUUGACCGGUUAUCGGUUGAUCGAAAUAACCACUCUCCCUACCAAAAACUGUUCGAAAUAUGUUUCGGUGUCUCGGUUAUCUCGGUUACUGAUUAACCGAACCACUUUUAAGACCAAAUACCAUUUCAUCGAGCCUCUGAUAACCGACCGUAGUUCGGCUAUCGGUUAGUUAAUAAUCGGCCGGUUAUCUGUUAAACCGGCCGACUAACUGAUAACCGAACGACCACCCCUAAAAAUAGUAACUAGUAAGUGAAUUUCAGUUCCGAUUUUCUAAAAAUAAAAAUAUCUGAAAUUUCUCCAGGUUUCUUUCGAUAACCAUUUGUAGGAAAAGAAUGAAAAUGCAAUAUUUUGACAUGACGCAAUUUAGAUUGUUAGGGUAGUGGGUGACAAUUUGAAUUGUCUAAUUUUUUUCUAAAUAAAUUAUUUGACUUAAA